AUGUAUUGGCCUCAUGGAGUGCCCCGGGUCUACGCGGUCAAUGGGCCCAAUAUUGCCCACAGCUCCUCUGACGAGAAUCGCGAAAUCCAAAAUACACCUUCGUCACUUCAUUGCAGCUCCCUAGACGACAAUGAAGAAGCAAAGGGGGACCGCGCCCAACAUGAGUCCCCGGACACCCAACCUCGUCAACCGCAAACCAGCCCUCCCCCCGAAACUAGUAAAUCGGAAUGGGGAGAUGAAGCUAUCAGAGGCAUUUGUGUCUUUCGCUCCGGCCUCAUAUUUACUACAAUGUCAAGGUCAUCAAUUGCUCUGUGGCAAACUCGGCCUACUGCAGUCGUUACGGCAAUAACUCGAUCUCAGUCCUCCUUGAAAACAUACGGUCCGAAUGUUUCGAUCCUCAUACACCCAGACUCCACAAUUCUGGUUGUGCAGACUCUGAAGGGAUACCUGCUCACAUACUCGGUGGUAUCAGAUUCAACAGCCAGGGUUUAUCAACAGCGGUUUGACCAUUCCGUACAUUCCCGCCGUCAACAAUUAGCUCGUUUUGCUGCAUUUGAAGAAGCCAAUGUGGUCGGCGACAUUAGCAUCCGCUUCCGAAUGGCCAUCAAGAUCGAGUCUGGAAUCGUCAAGGCCCUGGCCCUGGACCAAGAACUUGUUGUUGCCACUAUGAAACCACCAGCUAUACAAUGCAUUCGAUGGACACCCGAGGCCGGAGUAGCACAAACCACCUCGGAGCUCUUAAAUCGCAUUUUAGGCAUACCUAAGGUCUCUAUCAUGGACAUGGUUUAUGAUCGUGCUAUGAAUCUUCUCAUCUGGAUUACAACCAGUGGUCAGGCCUAUGCUGUGCAGCGCAAUUCGGAGACACAGCCGGACCCCGAGACAGCCAAGAAACUCUUCCAUGGACAUUGCUUCCACGAUCCGAGGGAUGACACCGAACGGGCAGUAAAAGUGACAGUGAACGCCCGAUUUUCUCUAUUAACCGUAAACUGCUCCAAUGGCGAGAUCUUGAUUUACACCGCUAAGGAUUACAUGGGCAACAUUUCGUUCUCCCAAAAACUACAUUUGCCCGCAUCGCCCACUACCACUGGUGCUUUGAAUUUCAUGAGCUAUUCCCCGGACGGAUAUUGUCUAUUUGCCGGGUUUGAACAUGGCUGGGCAACAUGGAGUGUCUUUGGGAAGCCUGGAGGAAACAGUUUCUCGGUGGAUCCUUCGUUAGCGACAACUAACGGGGAAGAUUGGCUGACGGGCGUUGUGGACGGUUGUUGGAUUGGCGGCGGGUCGGACAUCAUUUUAUCUGGAAAAGAUGACCGUCGCCUGUGGGUUCUGGAGACAGCUCGAAGUGCUUUGACUGGUUGCUUUUCAUCUGCAAAUUUGGCCCGAGGCCUGUUGCAGACGAGCAAUGAGUUCAUUCUCUACCGGGGUCACGACCUUCCAGAUCUCAUGACAAUUUCAGGAAAGGACUCUUUAUGGCAUCAUGCCCAGUAUCCCCCCGCAUAUCUCCAUUCCCAGUGGCCGAUUAGAUCUUGCGUCGUAUCUCAAGAUGGACGGUAUGUUGCCAUCGCAGGUCGGCGUGGUCUUGCGCAUUACAGCGUGAACAGCGGACGAUGGAAAGUAUUCGAAGAUUCCAAAGCUGAGAACUCAUUUGCCGUGCGGGGAGGCAUGUGUUGGUACGGCCACAUACUGAUCGCAGCAGUCGAGAGUGACGGGUCAUACGAGAUUCGUCUUUACUCACGCGAGUCUUCCCUUAGCAACACUUCGAUCAUGUUUAUCGAAUAUCUCCCAUCGCCGGUGGUCUUCAUUGGCCCAUCCGGAGAGGAUUCCCUCCUAGUCUAUACAUAUGAUAACAUUUUGUACCAUUAUAUCAUCAAUUCAACACAGCCUCGAAUCAGACUUGUCCCUGUUGGUCAGAUCGCUUUCAAUGGGAUUGUGCGUGCGCCCACUCGUGUGCGAUCAAUCAGCUGGGUCUUGCCCGACGAGCAAAUGCGGAACGGUGAUCCAUCGCAAGAUGUGAAGGUGGCAUCCGUGCUUCUUCUCGUCGACGGUAACUUAGUUUUGUUGCAGCCCGCCGUAUCAGAUGCUGGUGAUCUCAAAUACGACAUGCGAGUCAUAUCGCAUGAUGUCGAGUAUUAUACUUUGAUGCGAGACCAGCUUUCCUUCAAUUUUUCGCCACAGAUCGAUGAAACUCUACCCACCACUCCUUCGGUUGACAUGGCACUGGAGCCACCUCACCGCAGUUUGUCGCUCAGGGACUCGCUUUGGAUGUUCUGUGGCCAAGAGUUACUAGCUUGGAACGAUGUUCAAGACGUGCUACGGGAAGGUUCGGUGCUGGCACCACUCCAUAUACCCCUGGACUUCUAUCCACUGUCCGUCUUACUGAACAAGGGUAUUAUACUUGGUGUCGAAUCAGAAAUGAUGCAACGCCGCGAUGUAACAUUCACUAUCCUGAAAUUUGCGAUCCGAACCCACCUUUUCCUACCAUAUUUCCUGCAAUACGGCCUGGCCAAUGUUGGAACAUCCGCCGCCCUCGCCCUCUGUCGCCACUUUGCCCAUCUGUCUUAUUUUGCCCAUGGCUUGGAGAUCCUGCUCCACCAUGUGCUGGAUGACGAAGUAGACAAGUCAAACCUAGCGAACAAGAGUGAUAACCCACAGGAAAGAGAAGAAGCUCUUCUUCCAACUGUCAUCGCUUUCCUGCAAGCAUCACUUCCCAUCAGAGAGUACCUUGAAAUUGUGGUGCAAUGUACACGCAAAACAGAGCUUCGAUCAUGGCGCACCUUGUUCGCAUACCUACCCUCGCCGAAAGAUUUGUUUGAGCAAGCAUUGAAACUUGAUUCGCUGAAGACCGCAGUUGGCUAUCUUCUUGUGCUACAAGCCCUUGACGACGAGGAGCAAGGGCAUGAUGGUCGUAUCGAAGAAUACGUUGUUCGCUUAAUUGCGCUUGCCUCCCAGAAGGGCGAUUGGGAGCUGUGUGCUGAGCUGGCCCGCUUCCUCAUUGCUCUUGAUGCUUCAGGUGAGAUGCUUCAGCGCGCGAUUACCCGGGUCGGUUUGCGAUCGAACUCGCGGUCUUCUACGAAAGGUGCAUUUCCCGGUUCGACAACCCGAUUUGGUUCCGCCGGAAUCCAAGGCCUGGGCCUGAAUCUCCCAAUCAGGUCGCCAUCAUGGUCGUCUUUUUCCUCGACGUCGCCUCUUUCGCCUUUGCCCAGCGGGCGAGAGGGCGAUGUAUCAGAUGAUCAAGAUAGAUAA